AUGCCGCCAUCUCCAGCUUUGAGAUUCUCUCCUGGGAGAGAGCUAAAAGCUGCUGAUAACCACAAGCGAGGCCGGAGUCUUGAAGGUGGGAUUCUGUUCAAGGAGAGAGAUGAUGAUCUUGCUUUGUUUAAUGAGAUGCAGAGCAGGGAAAAGGAGGAUUUUUUGCUCCAGUCGACUGAUGAUUUCGAAGACUCAUUUUCAACGAAGUUGAGAUACUUCUCGGAUUUGAAACUGGGGAUAUCCGCUCCUGGGCGUGGGGAGAGUAGCGAGCUGAUGAAUGCAGAAGGGGAUAAGAAUGACUAUGAGUGGUUAUUAACUCCUCCAGACACUCCUCUGUUUCCUUCACUGGAUGAUGAGCCACUACCACCAAAUGUUCCGUCCAGGGGCAGACCUCGAAGUCAACCUAUUUCCAUAUCAAGAUCAUCCACGAUGGAAAAGAGUUACAGAAGCAGCAGGGGCAGUGCUAGUCCAAAUCGUUCAAGUCCAUCGCCUCGCUCUGGUAGUAAUACGAUUCAGUCAAGGGGAAGGCCAUCUUCUGCACGUAACUCUAGUCCAACUCCUAGUCAACGACCAGCCACCCCAUCACGUAGGCCAUCUACUCCUCCACCAAAUAAAGCCUCACCACCUGCCCCAAGGUCUUCUACACCAACUCCAAGGAGGGCGAGCACAGGGUCAGUGACAAGAGGAGUUUCUCCUAUACGGAACACUGCAAUGGGGAAUUCUGUUUCUCCUAAAGUAAGGGCUUGGCAGUCAAAUAUACCUGGUUUCUCCUCUGAAGCACCACCUAAUCUUCGUACUUCUCUGGGUGAUCGACCCGUAUCAUAUGUGAGGGGCUCCUCACCAGCAUCUAGGAAUGGAAGAGACUCAAGCUCAAGAGUUGGCAGGCAAUCGAUGUCUCCAACUCCUUCUAGAAGUGUCAGUUCUUCACACAGUCAAGAACGAGAUAGAAUUAGUUCAUAUAGUAAAGGUUCUGUUGCCUCAUCUGGCGAUGAUGAUGUGGAGUCUUUGCAAUCCCUUCAUGUGGGCAGCUUAGAUCGACUAGCAUCCAGAAGGGUUGGUGGGAUUUUGAGCAGCAAAGUGUCUGCAGCAUUGCCAAAGAAGCCAGCUAGAACCUUCUCCCCGAGUUCUGCCCCAAAACGGUCCUUUGACUCUGCUAUUCGUCAAAAGGAUCAUUGGAAGAGUCCACCGAAUAUGUUUAGGCCUCUUCUGUCAAGUGUCCCGAGCACCACUUUCUAUACUGGAAAAGGAAGUACUGCACUAUGUUCAUUGGUGUCUAGGACUUCUUCAGUUACUACCAGUAGUAAUGCAAGCUCCGAUCAUGGAGUUGGUGCUGCACAUGACACUGAACGAAGUUACCACCAUCAUGAUGAUGUGGUGGUUGAAAGUAGGAAAGAGCUAUAUCCGACUGUUCAGGAAGAUAUAUUUGCCUUUGAUAGGGCAGAUGACCUAAAUAAAGAUGUUGGCCAUGACAUACAAGAUGGCGUUCCUCGAUCUCAGCUUCAUGAUCUUGAUAGAGAUUUUACAAUCAGAAGUGAACAUGGGGACUUCGAAGAAUUCAGCCGCCAAGAUGUUGAUAUGGAAGUCGGUUCUCCAUUGGAUACUUCACGUGCUCGGGGUGAUUUCUCAGAAGUCGACAGUUUGAAUAGCCUCGUAUACCUGAAGAUUUGUUCUAGGUGUGGUUGCAAAUACAAUGAUGUUGAAGCAUUGGAAGCCGACAUCAAUCUUUGUCUAGAUUGCAGUAAACAAGACACUGUAAUAACUGCUGAGAACCCUCUGGUACUGUCCACUAGUAAAGGCGAAGAAGGGAACCAACAGAUGGAUGAGUCAGAGCUAGAUACUGGUGUAAUGGAGUUGCACUCCCUAACUGACAAUGUGAGUUUUGUUGGUGAUACUGUCCUGCAUGAAGUCUUAGGCAAGCAAGUAGAUAAUUCAAGCCAUGAGCAGAGCCUUAUGGAUCCACAAGUAGAAGGUUUUGUUGCUAUGUUGGCAGAAGAGGGAGAUAAGCACAAGAUGGCCAGCAAACGAGUAACUAAAGAACCAACUCUUGGUCGCAGCUUCUCCGAUAUUGUCACUGGAAGUCAGCAAUUGUCCAACUGCAACGCAUUGCAUACCUUGAAAGUUGAUCUCGUCGAAGGUGCUGGCAUUUCUGUUGUACUAAAAAAAUCCAGCAGUAGCAAAGGGCCUGUUUUCCAAGGAAGGAGUUUCACAGCCUCUACCCUUAGUUAUGAUGACGUGUCUUUCACGAGAGAUAGUGCCAACAGUUUGAGAAGCUCCUUCGGCCAUGCUAGCACAUCUGGAUCAUCCUCUCUCGAUCUCUCCUCGUCAGCCAGGCAAAUGGAAACCACUCAGGUCCAACGGCAAUUGAGUGGAAAGAAAUAUGAUCUUGAAAGUACCAGGCCUCAAAGUAGUGGGUCAUCUUUUUCCGGGUCUCUUAAUAAUGUUCCACACCGAGCUUCAUUCCCUCUGACGAGUACGCUUGAAGAUAGUGUUUCAGGUUCUCAAAAUAACGAAGUGGAAAUUACCAAUACGUCUUCUACCAAUAAUGGCCAGCCGGUUUCUGAGGAAUAUUUAUGCGAGAGAACAGACAGUAGUAGAACCAUGGAUGCUUCCACAUUACAGUUAGAAGAGCAUUCUGAAUUAUCCCCAGCUUCGAAGAGUGUCCCGUUGCAUGAAAAUGACGAAGGGUAUCAAGACCAUGCCAAAAAUCUCUCAGAUACAGAUGCAUUGUCCCCCUUGGAAUCCUCAGUUGAAGCAGAAAAUAGCAUCACCAACACGAGUGUCGAUCAUAAUCAUACUCCCGAGGUUCCCAGUCACAGUAGACUGGCAUCAAUAUCAGAGAUUGAAAGUGAGGAUCACCUUCAAAGUCCUCCAAGCUCAGUAAGAAAUGAUCUUUCUGCAAACUUGAGAGGGAUGUCAGAAGAAUUCGAGGAUCCUUCACUUUCUGUACCAUCAGAUAAAGAUGCUACUGCUUCCGUCCUGCGAACCAGCACCUCAGAUCAUGAACGCCGUUUUCUAGAUGAGUCCACUGUGAUGGUGGAAUGCCAUGGAGGGAACAAGAUGGGAAGAAGCCUAACCCUCGAAGAAGCUACCGACACCAUACUCUUCUGUAGCUCAAUUGUCCACGACCUGGCUUACAAAGCUGCAACAAUAGCCAUUGAAAAGGAACUCUCAGUCCCAUUGAACGAUUCACGGCCAACAGUCACCAUCUUGGGGAAAUCCAUUCCUGAUAGAAAGGAUACCCGCGGUGGUGUAAGAGCCAGACGGAGUUUAAAACCUUCAAAAGUUAAGCAGCAGCAGCAGCAGAAGCAAGAAGAGGCCUCCGUGAAAAGCCCUUCCUCUGCGAAGGUAGUAGAGAAUGACGAGAAUGCUGAUGAUUCCAUGGUGCGUAACGUCGGUCUACCUAAUAAAAUGGAUAGUUCGAAGCCUCCGAAGCUGGAAUCAAAGUGCAAUUGCACAAUAAUGUGA